AUGCUUUUUCAAGGGACCCUGGCCGUCAUCUUGUUCUGGGGGAUUUUCCCCACCGAAAGCAAGGAAUCUCGGGGCCACGUGUCGGUCAUCCUCGUGGGAGCCACGGGGGAUCUGGCCAAAAAAUACCUGUGGCAAAGCUUGUUCCAGCUUUACCUGGACGAAGUGAGCAACGGGCACAGUUUCACCUUCUAUGGGGCCACUCAGCAGGAGCCCGAGGUGGGGCGAAAGCUGAUGUUUGAGCCCUUGAAGAAGCUGGCCUGCUCGACGGAGGUGCCGCCCAACAGAUGCGCGGUGCUAAAGGACCAGUUCUUGAAAUUAACAGAGUACCACCAGCUCAAAGGGGAAGAAGACUAUGCCAAGCUCAGCCAGGGCAUUAAGACCAGCCUCGCUCAGGAGGAGCUGGUGGAAAGCGGCCGCAUCUUUUACCUGUCCGUGCCGCCGUUCGCCUACGCCAAAAUUGCCCGGCACAUUAACAGCAGCUGCAGGCCUCCCUCCGGCGCCUGGUUGCGGGUGGUGCUGGAGAAACCCUUUGGACACGAUUGGGUGUCUGCGCAACAGCUGGCUGAGGAGCUGGCGAGGGUCUUCCGCGAAGAGGAGAUUUACCGGGUGGAUCACUACCUGGGGAAGCAGGUGGUGGCUCACAUUUUACCCUUCCGGGAUCAAAACCGAGAAAAAUUGGACCCUCUCUGGAACCAGCAUCACGUGGAACGUGUGGAAAUUGUUCUGAAAGAGACGGUGGACGUCAAAAAUCGCACGGAGUUUUACGAACAGUACGGGGUCCUCCGAGACAUGCACCAGAACCAUCUCACCGAAAUCCUGAUGUCUCUCGCCAUGGAGCUGCCGGCCAACCUCACCAGCGCGGGAGACGUUCUGCGUAGCAAACUUAGCGCUUUCUCCUCCUUGCGAAGCUUGGAAAAAACCAGCGCCGUGAUUGGCCAGUACGAGGCGUACGGCGCCCAAGUGAGGGAGGAGCUUCAGAAAGGGCAGGACCAUUUCACCCAAACCCCAACGUUCGCAGGGGUGCUGGUCCAUUUGGACAACCUACGCUGGGAAGGGGUGCCUUUCGUCCUCACGUCCGGCAAAGUCCUCGACGAACGGGUCAGCUACGUCCGGAUCCUCUUCAAAAACCAGGCGCACUGCGUCCAGACGGAGAGCGCCUGGGAGGCCGAGCACAGCCAGUGCAAGCCGAAACAGAUCAUCUUCUACAUCGGGCACGGAGAGCUGAAUACACCCGCCAUCCUAGUCAGCCGUAACCUCUUUAAGCCAGCCAUGCCCGCCGGCGCCUGGAAAGAGUUCCUGGAUCGCCCUCAGCUGCGCCUCUGGGGACAAAGUCUCUCCGAUUAUCACGUCUACGUCCCCGCGGUCAAGAGGGAGGCUUACGCCUUCCUGCUCUCCGCGAUCUAUCAUGGGAAAAAGGAAUCCUUCAUCACCACGGAGAAUCUGCUGGCUUCGUGGGCGUUCUGGUCCCCGUUGCUGGAUCAGCUGAGCCGCGACUCACCCCGCCUGUAUCCCGGCGGUCAGGAAAAUGGGCACCUGCUGGAUUUUGAGGUGGCUGGCCAGGAAGUGGCUUUCCUAGCCAGAGAGACCCUUCAGGUGAUCGACCCUGAGGGGAAACACACAGCAGACCGAUUCCAGACCCUGCUUUCCACAUUUCGAGAGAGCCGGUUGAUUACCGCCUGGGCAGACGACCUCAUUGGCCGCCUGGCGUCCGACAUAGAAACCGCGGCGGUGGCUGCCAUCCGGAGGAGCGGCGAAUUCCACUUGGCGCUUUCGGGCGGAUCGAGCCCCUUGGCCUUGUUCCGGCAACUCAGCAGGCACUGCUACGGCUUCCCGUGGAAGCAGACGCAUUUGUGGCUGGUGGACGAGCGCUGCGUCCCGCUGGCCGAUCUGGAAUCGAAUUUCGGCCACCUGCACCAGCACUUACUCCAAUAUAUCCGGAUUCCUUAUUUCAACGUCCAUCCGAUGCCGGUGCAUCUCAACCGGAGGCUUUGCGUGGAGGACGACCGAGGCCCGGAGCUGUACGCCAACGAGAUCGGGGCCUUGGUGGCCAACUCCAGCUUCGACCUGGUGAUCCUGGGAAUGGGCACCGACGGGCACACGGCCUCCCUCUUCCCAGGCUCGGCGGGCCUCAAGGGGGAUAAAAACGUCAUUUUUGCCGAGAGCCCCACGAAACCUCACCAGCGCAUGACGAUCACUUUGCCGCUUAUCAACAAAGCCAGGCAGGUGUCGGUCUUAGUUAUGGGGAAAGGUAAACACGAGACUGUGUCCAUUGUCAGCCGGGCCGGGAACGAGCCCCGGAAAUGGCCAAUAUCGGGCGUGAAGCCCCAAAAAGGCCAGGUAUCCUGGUAUAUUGACUAUGAGUCCUUAAUGGGGUGAUCUUUCUGAAGCUGUGAGUCCCCCC